UGAACAAGUGUCAUAGCAAACAGUCUGAUUAAUGUGAUAUUUUAGUUUUCCUUUUUAAAACAUUUGCAAAGUCUGAUUUUUGCUUUGACAUUAUAGGGGUAUAGACUGAUGUCAGCAUAACAAAACGCGGGAAAUGUAGGGGUCACAGUGGCGUCCCUAUCCUAGAGAAGGGUCUUUUGAAGAUAAUGAUUUAAAUGCGGCUACCAUUCUUGUUUUCAAUGGAUAUGGUGACCCUAAUUGGGAUUACAAGUAUAUGACUGAUGCAUUAAAAGCAUGGCUCAAAAAUAAAACCAAUUUGGGAUAGGGAACAUGAGAAAACUAAAAAGAAAAAGCCUGAAAAACCUGAAAAAAAAGUAGUUUUGGCUUGUCUGGCCGCAACAUUUCCUACUCCCACGGCCCAGAUACUGCCGCUUUACGCUCCACCUAUACCGAAGGGAGACAGAGAUAGACAGGAAGAAAGACAGGAGAAAUCGAAAUCUGCAGUCGUUAGAGACACUCUGAAACCUCAGCCUAAUUCUACUGAAAUAAAUGCCACAGCUCCCUUUGUGCAGAUGGUUUCAUCUGCAACUGGAAUUGGAAUUUAUGACCAUGACUUCAUUUGACAACUAUGAAAUUACCUUUCUGGAGGAGGGGUUCUGUGCAAAGGACGUUAUUAAGCAGAAGAUCAAAGAGUCUGCCUCAUCAGGUAACCAGGAUGCUUUCUAUGUGGCAGACCUGGGGGAUGUCCUUAAGAAGCACCUCAGAUGGGCACGUGUCUUGCCUCAUGUCACACCUUUCUAUGCCGUGAAAUGCAAUGAUAGUAGGGCUGUUAUCGAGACACUGGCAACAAUGGGAGCAGGCUUUGACUGCGCAAGCAAGACUGAGAUCCAGCUUGUGCAGUCUGUGGGAGUGGAGCCCAGUAGGAUCAUUUAUGCCAACCCCUGUAAGCAGGUGUCACAUAUUGAGUAUGCGUCUGCACAUGGAGUACAAAUGAUGACCUUUGAUAGUGAAGUGGAGCUAAUGAAGGUUGCUCGUAGCCAUGACAAUGCAAAAUUAGUGUUGCGUAUAGCUGCAGAUGACUCUACAGCAAAGAUCAGGCUAAGUCAGAAGUUUGGAGCCACAUUGAAAAGCAGCAAGCUGCUUUUGGAGCGGGCAAAGGAGCUAGGACUGGACAUCAUUGGAGUCAGCUUUCAUGUAGGCAGCGGCUGCACUGACCCAGAGACGUAUGCCCAGGCCAUUGCAGAUGCACGUUUAGUCUUUGACAUGGGGGCUGAGCUGGGCUACAAUAUGACCCUGCUGGAUAUUGGCGGUGGCUUCCCUGGCUGUGAUAAAUCCAAGCUGAUGUUUGAGCAGAUUACUGCUGUAAUCAACCCCGCACUGGAUAAGUACUUUCCUGCAGACUCUGGUGUGAGGAUAAUUGCUGAGCCUGGCCAAUUCUAUGUGGCUUCUGCAUAUAUGCUAGCUGUCAAUAUCAUUGCUAAGAAAGUCAACAUGAAGGAGCAAUCAGGCUCUGAUGACGAAGAUGAUAGGACUAGUGACAGAACAAUAAUGUACUAUGUCAAUGAUGGAGUUUAUGGCUCAUUUAAAGAAGUAUUCCUUGGUUACAAAUUUGAACACACUUUGGACAAGAAACCCAAGCCCGAUGAGCGCAUGUACCCAUGCAGUAUCUGGGGUCCUACCUGCGAUAGCACGGACCGCAUUGUGGAGCUGUGUACCAUGCCUGACCGGCAGGUAGGGGACUGGCUGCUGUUUGAAAACAUGGGUGCUUACACUGUAUCUGUCUCGUCCACCUUUAACGGCUUCCAAAAGCCAGACGUCUAUUACGUCAUGUCCAGAUCUGCUUGGCAAUGCAUGCAGCAGAUCCAUGUCAAGGGGAUGCCUGCUCUGGUGGAGGAACAAAGCCCUGGGAACAUGCCAGGCCACUGCGGCCGUGAAAGCACCCUGGAGCUGCCAGCGAAGUCCUGCGCUACUUGAAUACUUUAAGUCAUCACAGAUGCAGUAUAAAAACGUCUGCUUUGUAUUAAUUUGUAAAAUGAAUAAGGAAAUGGUGUUGGUGCCCAAUGUUUUAGAGCAAACCUUGUCAAUUGUUCUGUAUUUACAAUCCAUGUUGUAUAUUUCUAACUUUUAUGCAUAUACUUACCCAGGGACUGCAGGAGAGCCCACUCAAUUAUCCCUUGAUGAAAUGAGUUUAAUCACUACUAGAUUUGGGAUGACUGAUGAUAAUAUCGUAACUUGUUGAUAGAUUAUCCCGUUCGUUAUAGCUCUUAGCUUGGAUGACAUGAUGAAAUGUCUGUUUUUAUUGCAUGGUGUCUACAGCUAUAAGGUCGACAUAAGUAAAUUGUGCUGUAUCUCAUAAUAUGCGUUUCCUUGUCAUCUAUAUUAUAGACCAAUUCUGACUGACUUCGCAGCAGAGCAACAAAACAUAAAUUAAAGAAAAUGAAACAGGGUGUUAUUUAUCAGAGGUACUUCACAAUGCAAGAAUUCAACAGAUGUCAAUCGUUGCUGUUCACAGUGCGCAUGUACACAUAGUUUAUCAUUUUAUUUCAAUUUUAUCAUGAGCUUGAUCACAGUUUAAUACUACUUAGGUUUAUUUAUUUGACAAGAGCCAAAUUGUGAUGGCUAAACAAAUGGGUCAGAGCAAAUUACCCAGCAAUCUUUAAUUGUCCA